UACUUAUUAUCAUAACCUCUGUCAUUUACUUUAUUUUCAGCAAUUAUUGGUCUACCUUUCCAUUUCAUUCUUAACAUUAACAAUAACUAACUUUUCUUUUGAGCUGAAACAAGAGAUAGUUGUAACAGCUAAGUCUAAUAUCUAAUAUUACAAAUACAACCGCUUCCUAUUGACAGCUUUUCUGCACAGAGGUUGUUUACCGAACAUUUACUUUCAACCCAUUAAUCCCCGAAAUAUUUAAAGAAAUGAUAACAUUGACAAGAAAACUCAAGAAAGAAGCCCCUGUUAGCAAUGGACCACAAAUAAUUGAUGCAUCAAAACGAGUUUCAAUUAGGGAUAGACUAUUGGUCAAAGAGGUUCAAGAAAUGGAGCAGACAUUACCAGGCACUUGCAGUGUUAAAUUUGAAAACCCUGAUGAACUAUUCAAUAUUAGCCUGACGGUAUCACCUGAUGAGGGUUACUGGGCAGGUGGUACCUUCUACUUUCACAUAUAUGUCACAGAGGACUAUAAUAUGGCGCCACCUGAAGUGAAAUGUCUUACUAAACUAUGGCAUCCCAAUAUAAGCGAAGAUGGUGAUAUUUGCUUGAGUUUGUUACGUCAAAACUCCAUUGACAGCCUUGGGUGGGCUCCCACUCGAAGAAUCAAGGAUGUAGUUUGGGGUCUAAACUCACUUUUUACUGAUCUUCUCAAUUUUGACGAUCCCUUAAAUCUUCAAGCCACUGAAUUGUAUCUGAAAGACAAAGAAUCUUUCAGACAGAAAGUGAAUGAUUAUGUGAAACAGUAUGCCAAGAGAUAAUUGGAUUGUUCAUAUGGUACUGAGACUUUUUAAUUCAUGUCGAGUGUUGCUUCAAUCAACUCUCUGACAUCAAUGCUAUGUUAUAAUUUUAUUUUUCUAUUUUUUUUUUAAAUCUGAUUGCACUAAUGAUUUUAAAUUUGUAAGGAUUAGGUAAUUUUUUGGAUGUUUGAAUAUUGUAUGAGUGUGUGUGGUCUCAUAUUCACCCAUAUGCUGUGUGCCUUUCUAUUGGCGCAACUUGCCGUGGUCAUCAAGUAAUUUUUACCAUAGAAAUAUGUUCUAAUGAUUUUUCUUUGAAUUUUGCAAUUAAUCCUACCAAUUUCAAUUCAUCUUUAGAGACAACAAAACAAAUCAGUUAUUCAAUGAAUACUUCUUGCUUAACUUUCUAGUUCAAUAUCAAGUAUUUUUUUUUUUUUUUUUUGGGGGGGGGGGGGCGCUGAAGAAGUGUUGUCUAAAAUAAAUAUUGUUAUAUUUUUUUUUAACUUUAUGUAUCAAGACCAUCACUGAGUAGCUUUUCUUCUUACAUGUAAGACAGUUAAAGACCAAACCCUUUUUUGUUAAGUUUCAUAAGUCCGUCUUUCGUUGUAACUCCCUAAGUUCUAACCACUGUGGUUUGAGUUGCAAUAUUGCUGAAAAUGCUCUGCAUUGUACUUUAUUUUUUUAUUUUAUCUAUCUUGGGAUGCACUAAAGUCAAUGUACAACUAGCAAUGUAGGCUUAUUCUGCAAAAGUUGUUACACCUUUAUUUAAUUUGGUCACCUCCAUUUCCUUUCUUUUUUUCUCCGCCUCAGGUUUAAGGUGGGAUUCAAAAAUCUGGAAUCAUUUUUUAAAAAUGUGACUCAUUCAUAGCUCCCCUAAUUCUUCAAAUGGUGUGUCUUUAUUGACCUGGUCUAAUGCCUUAACCGGAUAUGACUCAAAAGUUAAACAGUACCAGCUUUAAAAGCCAUCUCCGUUUAAUUGAAUGCCGAGCAUUUCUGCGAUAUCAUGUGAUAUUAAAAUAAUAAUUAAUAAACAGAGCAGCGCUUUGGUUGCUAUUAUAAUUGACUAAAUGUAUUUCUUUUUGGAAAUAUGCCAUAUACACAAGUUACACAUUAACUCAUCUGAAAUCAACCAUCUGGAGAUAAAAUGCCUCACAAAUUAGCGGUCCACUAUUUGUUUCCAGUGCCAUUUCAAUGUUUUUCGAGCUAGGGAGCUCACACUUUGCAGGUCGGUGCUUCUGUCAUUCGUCUAGGCGCUCAGGGAGUGGACAAUCCGUCCGCCACCCCUAACGAACUGUGCAACCCCUACAGUGGAGGAGGGUGAAAAAAUCGGUCCUAACAGCUUUGAAAUUGUCAAGAUAUUUCAUGAACCGAUUCAACUUUUUGUCUUCUUUUGAUCGGCUUAUGCGAAAUUGUGAUCGGACAAAUGAGUUAUGUGGUUCGUCAGAUGUGGUGGAUUAUCCUAUGGGCCCUGUACCCGGCCGCGGCGCAUGUGUUGUUAUUUUUUUGAAUCGGGCAACUCGCGGCUGAACAACCCCCGCUGACGUCCAACCCCUUUUAGAAUAUCGACCAUUUUGAACACUACACUAAGGGUUUAAGUUUAAGCUUGGAACUGUCAGAACAGGUUCCUUUUUCUUUAGUCUGAAACACAUCCAUGCUGAGAAACCUGGUGUCGACAUCCUCAACCCCUUGCCGAAGGGGUAGCCACCCCCGAGUGGCCUGCAGCCCUUAGGAAGUGGAUGAAGCGUAGGGUCCGUGAAGAAGCUCCCCCCGAGUUUUGUGUCGGUCGGACCGACCGUUUCGCUCCCAGAGGCGAAAAAGAGUCGAAACGUUAAAAAGCCACCCCCAAGUUUAACCUAGGCCUACGCGCUGACGCCGAAUUGAGGUAGGGUAGCGACUCCAUGCAAAGCAUUCCACCUCGGUGGGCCCAACUUUCAUCUCGAAGGCAACAGUUUCUUACGGUGACGCUCGGGGCCGUGAGAGCGAUGAGACGGUACCGGUACUGCACUUGACUUGACCGCUCUGUAGAGUCUCUGAAUCAAGGAAACUUCUGUCUUUUGGCAGGAAUGUGGACCUCUGGCACUUACAUUUUACUCUGCAGUUGAAAUUCUGCAUGGGGUGCGAUUUAACGGUUGUUGGUGCCAUUAUUGUCUCUCGGCCCAGCCACGCUACGCUACGCCCCAGUUCACGAGUUCACCAAAUUUUCCCCAACCCCCUGCAAGUUGUUUUUGGUGGGACCGGAUCCGGAUGGAUGAUCUGUUUGUAGUGGGUGGUCAUCCUGCGCAUGGGGGUCCUUGUUAUGAGAAAUUCUUCAGUGUUUGAGUUUGAGAUACGGCGGAGGAGAAGUUCAAAGCAGCGCUCCACCCGUGCUCAUUCCUGCUGUUCUCAUGCAUGGUAGAUUUCUCAUUCGAUAACCGAACGGCCAGUCCCAGGUCCCCCCACCCCUCCCUUUAACCAACUUCCGGCUAUACGUUGCCUCGUGUGUUGUUGUUUACGCUGUUGUCUGUGUUAUUAUUGUUCAAAUGGAUACAUUUAAUUUUAAAUUAGUUGGUAUUAUGUGGACUCUUACAUCGAAACGUGCAUCCGCGUGUCUUCUGGCCGCACCGACCUUUCGGGAUUUGCGACGGAUUAGAAGAUAAGCGCUGAAAUCCGAACUGUGUUCUCUGGCAUGCGCACCUGCAGGUUUAAAACGCUGUUUCGUAGAUGUUUGAUGGAUUUGAAGAUAACCCCCGAAAUUCGUCCCAUGUUCUGUGGCAUGCUCAUGUGAAGGUUAAAAACCCUGGUCUACCGCCUACUGGAUAUUUCCACUUUUGAAGUUGACUUCGUCAAGUCCAAGUGAGGAUGUUACCCGCUGUUAAACUUCUUCUUUGCUGCGCUGCUCUGGCAACUUUGUCUAUUAGUUCUUGACAAGAGAGGAAAAUCUGCCUUGUACAUUUUAAUAUGUAAUUUAAAAUUGAUUGACAUGAGUCUGUUUAGCAUAGCAGAUGAUACGUUUAAAUUUGAAACAAUUCCUCUCUUCGAUGUGAACUGUCAAACUCAGCUGAUCUUGUUACUGUAUCCUUUUACAUCCGGUGAGAUAUCAAUUUUAUAGAAUUGUGUCUCACAAAUGUACAUGUAAAACUAUGAAUAAAAACAGCUCAAGUUACAUCAA